UUUUAUGAUUUGUAGGUUCCUGACCAGGGCAUCUCAGCUGUUCGGCAGGAAGAAAAGGGAAGUGUCUGAUGUUGUGGCUCGGCAAGCGAAGGAGAUUGAAAAAUUAAAAGCCGAAGUCCAAUCCCUUAAGCAGCAGAGGAACGCUGCCGAACAAGAGGAAGAAGGAGAGGUGGCUGGUGAGGCGUAUGUUCCACAACCAUACGCUCCUCAGGAUGAGGUACAACAACAAAUUUAUGCUGAGGAGUUUAUUUCCCUCAACGACCAAGGUAUCCUAUACAAUUUUGAUGACCAUGCGGCCCUUAAUCAGCAAGUACAUCUCUGCUCUGACAACAUCGACAAUAUUGUGGCCCGAGGGUAUUUGUACGAGCAUGUGGGUAUGAUCAAAGUUCACUGCCAGGAGUACGAUGAUUCACAUGCCCGGAUUAUGGUUUCGGAAAUCCUGCAAGAGGACGCUGAAAUCCCAGUCCCAAUUGAAGAGUGCAGAUAUGUUAGGGACGUAUACCAGAUGUUCCUUCCUUGGCCUAAACACUUAAUUUUAACAACCGAGGGUCCACUCGCUCAACCGCCCUCAAGACGUGAUGCGUCAAAGGGGAAAGCUCCGAUGCUUUCUCCACAAGGUCGUGGUGCACGGGAAGAUGACUUGUUCACGGAAGAGAAGAUGGCGUUGAUCCCUAAUUCGCUAAAAUGGAUGAUUCAUGAAUUCCUAAGGCUCAAAGAUAAACGUGAUAUAAUCACAAUUCCUGUCCCCCGAGGAUUCAUUGCACCGCGUACCCAGAUCACGUUAUCUGGAGAGGAUUUGCAGCAGGUUGCUACGUGUGACUACAUCGGCAACCAGGGAAUGCUGUUUGGAAUGAUGCACAUAUGGGAGAGCAUCAACGGUCUGAGAAAAAUUUUCAAGUUUUACGACCCAGAGCUUCUCACAGUGCAUGGGAUCAACGAUGAAGAACAGACGCAGUCUUUUGACGAUGCGGUGUGCCGGUCAACCUGA